CCCCUGCCGUGACAAAUUCCGUACCUUCUUUUCCGUUUCGCUCCUUAUAAAUGACCCUCUAACACUUCACUAGGCCCCCCACGCUAUUAUACCAAGUACUACUAACAACCGGUCAAGAACAGCAGAAAACCAACUCACACAUACUCCCACUGCUGAGGAGUAACAUAUCGACAAGAAGUGUAGAAACGAUGAGACCAGGAGCGGGUUUCAAUGCGACGGCCGCAGCAACGAAGGCUGUGGCAGCCCCACUGGCCGCCGGCGCCGCGCAUUCCGCGUGGCACUCGCCGGUGCCGUACCUCUUCGGCGGCCUGGCCGCGAUGCUCGGACUCAUCGCCUUCGCCCUUCUCAUCCUCGCAUGCUCGUACUGGAAGCUGUCCGGGUACCUGGAGGGCAGCGCCGGCCGCGGUGAAGACGAAGGCUCCGCCACUGACGGCGCCAAGCCGGUGGCCUCGGACCUGCCGCCGCCAGCGUGGGAGGAGAAGGUACUGGUGGUCAUGGCCGGGGACGUGAAACCUACGUACCUCGCCACGCCCAUGUCAAGCAGAGACCGUGGCAGCAAGGGAGAAGAGGAAGAGAAGAAGGUGUCUACAGUCGCCAUGGCUAGCAUCAAGGAUGCUGAUAAUGGUGAGCAGUCAGAACCAGAGAGAACGAGAUGACCGCCACAUCGCCGAGGUGUGAGUUUUGCAUCUUCUUGUUCUUCUUUAGGCUUAGGUGACCUGGCGGUUAAGCCUUUGAUGCUCUCAAAUACUAGGAGAAAGUUCAUCUGCAGUUCCGGACUAUGCAGGGAGCGUAACCCUCAUCAGAGUCAUGUUUUUACUGGGUUUCCCUUCAGUUUUUGCAGUGACCAAAUGGAUUAGAUCAGCAGAAUUGCUGACAGUCGCUACAAGAAAACAGCAAUCAAGGUCAUUUUUUUGUGGAGUUAUCUCUAACUUUUACCAUAAUUCGAAUGGAAUUACAGCAUGAGAAAUGCACCUUUUGAUAAGCUUUGUUGUCACCUGCGAAAUAGUUGGUGCUCCAUUUCCUUUCCUUUUGUUUUCUUGCUCUGAGUAAUGGAAAUGAGCAUAUUUUUCUUCUUU